GAAUCUGGCUGAGGCCUGGUCCUGACCUCACACAACCCAACCUGGCCACAGGCUGGGCCCUAACCUGCUCAUCAACUGAGCUCUUAUCCCAGCCCUCACCCGAGUCACAAGCUGUCAGAAUCUUGACCACAGACCGAGCUCUGUACCCACUCUGGACUGAGCCCAACCCUAGUUCAUCCCACAUAGAGCCCCCAGGCCAUUAAUAGCUCUGACCCCAAACACAGAGCCAGGAUGCUAGCCCCAGACAAAGCUCUGAGCCCAACCCUAGACCAUGUUCUGAUCCCAAUUAUAGAGUGAGUUCUAAUUCAAGAUCUGACUCUGGCGAAAGACUGAGUACUUGGCCCUGAAUUAAACUUCUCAUCCAGCCCUGACCUAGGCUGUAGACUGAGCCCUGACUCUGCUCAGACUGAGACCUCUCUGCCCCACACAAAGCCCCAUCCCAGCCACCCAAUGAGCCCCAACUUCCCUUGUAUUCCCUUCCUCAGCCAUCUGGUAAACCAGAAGAGAGUAAGACCCUAAGUCCCCUCUGAUGGACAGUCAUCUUACCUGGCCAUUCAUCUUUUGAAGGAUAGUAGGGUGGUGAUGGCACUAGAACGAUGACGACAGAGCAGAGAAACAGGAGGGGAUUCAAGUCUCUGGGACCUACCAGCAAAUAGAACAGGUGGCUCACCUGAGAGUGGGGAAGUGAGGGGAAGACUGGACCUGGAGCUCAGCAGGGUCAUCAGCUUGGAUUGACAGAACCCCAGCUUCCCACCAUCCCCCACCACACCCCCUCUGGGAAGGGAAAUUACAUUUCCCCAUUUAGCAAGGGGCGGUGAGGAGGGAAGACUGAGUUAAAGCAAAGCUGAAAGUACAAGCAGCACGGAAAGUGAAACUGGGCACAGCCCCCAGUAUAAGACUCCCCCGGCCCGGGAGAUGGCUGGCCAAAGAGGCUGGGCCCUGCCAUGGGCCAGAAGGCAGGCGACCUUGGCUGGCGGCUUGGCCUUUUGCUGCUCUCCUUGCUCCUGGCUCGAGCUGGUGUCUGGGGAUUUCCAAGGCCCCCAGGGAGACUCCCCCUGAGCCUAGAGGAGGAGUUCAAGGUCAGCCUGCAUCUUGCCAGGAAGCUACUGUCCGAGGUUCAGGCCCAGGCCCACCGCUUUGCUGAAGCUCACCUGCCAGGAGUGAACCUGGACCUCCUGCCCCUGGGACAGCAGCUCCCCAAUGUUUCCCUGACCUUCCAGGCCUGGUGCAGCCUCUCUGGAUCAGAGCGACUGUCCUUCCUCUCCAUGACACUGCACCCCUUUCAAGCCCUAUUGGGAGGGCUGGGGACCCAGGGAAGCUGGACCAGCUCAGAGAAGCUAAAGCUGUGGGCCAUGAGGCUGGAUCUCCGAGAUUUGCAGCGGCAUCUUCGCUUCCAGGUGCUGGCUGCAGGAUUCAGCCUCCCCGAGGAGGAGAACGAGGAGGGGAAGGGGCUGCCCCCAGGGGCCCUGGACGGCCCCUCACAGACGUCAGCCCGGAUGUCCUGGCCCCAGCUCCUCUAUGCCUACCAGUUGCUGCACUCCUUGGAGCUGGUCUUGUCGCGGGCCGUGCGGGACUUGCUGCUGCUCUCCCAAGCUAAGAACCCAGGCCAGGCCUUGGGGUGCCCAACACUGGCCGGCUCCCAGCCCUGAUGGAGUGGUUUCUCAGACCCUUCCCUCGCCGGUUAGGAUUUCACAACGAGUCUGGGCCAACAGGACAGCCACCAGCUCCCUGCCUUAGACAAGGCAGGACUCCACUGCCCUCCCUCCCCAAACCCUCCCCAAUAACUUAAGGCCCCUCCAGUCCUGACUGGAUAUUUAUUUCAUGGAUAUUUAUUUAUUGUUCAGGGAAAUGAUGGGAUAUUUAUUGUUUUGGGACCUGCUGGCUGUCCUCGGCGAGGCCGCCAUUCUGGGUGCCUAAUAAAGCACUCUCGCCCUCUC